UCGACACACCUGUCACGUCCAGCUGUGCAGUCAACAGAUGUUUAAUCAGCCUGUCGAGGACACCUAUCACACUUUUAUUUAACAAAUACCAUUUUUGAUACUAGUUUAAAAAAACAAACAAAAAAAACUGGAUACUCCUGCUCAAGUAUCUCGAUGCUGGAGCGGCGCUUGUCAGAGAAAAGCAUGGAGGGCUUCAGCAGAGUCGCUUUCCGCAGGAAACAAGCAAGUGUGGAACAAGAAGACGAAGAGGGCAAAGAUACCGCUGUGUGUUUCCAGUCCCAGUGUGCAGACGAAAACGCUUGUGUGCCUGUGAAAAUCGAGCAAUGCAGAGCUGUUGGCAGCAGUUCGUCAUGCAAGCACAGUAGCUCCACCACCAGGGUGCAUGCGUGUCUGAGUCGAGCGGCAUGUGCCAGCAGUGACAGGAGCCGGCCGGGGGUCAUUGGGAGAGGUUCUGGCAAGAGGCAGUUGUCGCAGUCCAAACCACCAGAAUCCAUGUUUAUUUUUCCUUUAGUGCCUCCCAAACCAGCACACCUUCAGAGCCCGCUGACAGAGCUCUCGUCCCCUCUGGCUCACAUCCAGAAACCCCAAUUUAGACCAGGGAUGGAGGAGGAGGGACUUGUAGGAGGAGGAAGGGGGUCAGCAAACCGAGAGAGGCUCAGAGUCAAACACUCCAAAGUGUCAGACCUCAUCAGCCAUUUUGAGGAGAACAGCAGCACAGACAACAAGAGAGAUAGCUCGCCUCUCAAACACAGCAGCCCCGCACACCGGACCGCCCACAGGCUGUCGGAGCCCGCCAAGAUCCAGGAGAACGACUCGGCAGUAGAACUGGACUCGGUGGCAUCCAAAGCGCAGGAUGCACACAUACCCACGGCUAACGGGGUCCUAACGCAGAUGGAGCAGAAGAAGGAGACACAGGCGUGUAAUGGUGAAAAUGGGAGGAUAGUGAACGGCGAUAUGGGGAGCACAGACAGGAGGGAUGAGGACUCGAGUCCGCACAGAACUGCUUCAGAGAGCUCCCAUGAGAAUGAGGACAUUGGGACAAGCACAGAACAGGAACAUGCAAACGAAGAGGCCGGCACAGAACAGAAGGAGACAAAUGAACAGAAGCUGUUGAAAAUCGCCAGCGAGCUCUUGCAUACAGAAAAGGCUUACGUGACUCGACUGAACUUGCUGGAUCAGGUGUUUUGUGCCAAGCUCAUGGAGGAAGCCAACAAAGGAACAUUUCCUGUGGAUGUGGUGAAGAACAUUUUCUCCAACAUCUCCUCCAUCAACACCUUCCACAGCCAGUUUUUGCUGCCAGACUUGGAGAAACGUAUGGGAGAAUGGGCAUCCACACCUCGCCUUGGAGACAUCCUGCAGAAGCUCACGCCCUUCCUCAAGAUGUACGCCGAGUACGUGAAGAAUUUCGACAAGGCCAUGGAGUUGUUGAAACAAUGGACGGACCGUUCUCCUCAAUUCAAGGCCAUCAUUCAGGAGAUACAGAGUCAGGAAGUUUGUGGCAGCCUUACACUUCAACAUCACAUGCUGGAGCCCGUGCAGAGAGUCCCUCGCUACGAGAUGCUCCUCAAAGACUACCUGAAGAAGCUUCCGCAAGACGACCCUGACCGACGAGACUCAGAAAAAUCCUUAGAAAUCAUCGCCACGGCAGCGACUCACUCCAACAGCGCCAUACGCAAAUCUGAGAAUCUAAAGAAACUGAUGGAGAUUUACGAGAUGGUGGGCGAGGAGGAGGACAUCGUUAAUCCCUCUAACGAGUUCAUCAAAGAAGGUCACAUCCUGAAGCUGGCAGCCAGGAACACCUCCGCCAUGGAGAGAUACCUCUUCUUGUUCAACAACAUGCUGUUGUACUGCGUUCCCAAAUUCAGCCUCGGUGGCAACAAGUACACGGUCAGGACGCGGAUCGGCAUCGACGGCAUGAAAGUCCUAGAAACUAGCAAUGAGGAUUACCCGCACACAUUCCAGGUUUCAGGGAAGGAGCGGACACUUGAGCUACAAGCCAGCUCCGAGCAGGACAAGGCGGGCUGGAUCAAGGCUUUCAGAGAGACCAUCGAGAUCUUCCAGCUGAAGAACGACUCAUUCAAGAACGCUUCGAAGGACGUGGAAGAGGUGUCGAAUGCUGAGCUCGGGAAACGCGCUCCUCGUUGGAUCCGUGACAACGAAGUGACGAUGUGCAUGAAAUGUAAAGAAUCCUUCAACGCCCUCACGCGGCGGAGACAUCACUGCAGAGCUUGCGGCUACGUGGUCUGCUGGAAAUGUUCCGACAACAAAGUGCCGCUGGAGUACGAUGGCAACAAAGUGAACAAAGUGUGCAGAGAUUGUUUCUCCAUGUUGACGGGAGAAACCAUCGCUGAGGGCAAGAAGAAAGGAAUCCUGGAGAUCGAGGCGGCUCAGUUCAGCGGCAGCAGCAUCAUGUGUGGCUUCCUGCAGUAUUGUGAGAAGAACAAACCGUGGCAGAAGGUGUGGUGUGUCAUCCCUGAGAAGGAAUGUUUGGUGCUUUACCUCUACGGAGCUCCUCAGGACGUGAAGGCGCAGAGCACCAUCCCUCUGCUGGGUUACUCCGUGGAGGACAGCAGCCGACCGGCGGACCCCCAGGCCAGCUUCCGCCUCAGCCAGUCCAAGUCGGUGCACAACUUCGCCGCCGAAAGCGAGGAGCUGAAGCAGCGUUGGCUGAAGGUGAUCCGGGUGGCCGUGACGGGGGAGAUGCCCGAGCGCCCGAGUGCCAACGGCGGCGGCAGCGUGGCGGACACACAGGAAGUGUCCUCGGACAGCUCGUAAGGGACACCGGAAGAGGACUCUCGCUGGACCACAAAGUGCUGGAUGAGCUUCUUUUUAUGCUUUUUUUUUUUUUUACGGAGGAUUACUGGACAGCGCCCUCUUCAGCCUGCGGGCAUGUGCUGCACCCUCUAACUACUUGUACAGUGAACAUGUGUACAGUAUUUCUAAAGGUUUCAUCACUUUUAUUUACAGUAUUCUCUUUUUUUUAUUCCGCAGCUGUCUUCUCUCGCACUCAACAAUAGCAAUCCAAAGUUUGGACACACUUAAAUGAGGAGGUGUGUCCAAACGUAUUCAAUGGAUAUUAAAACAUCAAAUUAAGUGUACUCAAAACAAUCACUGGAUCUUACAGUUGCUGGAAUUAACUUUCUUUCGACUUAAUGGAGCCCAAAUACGUCUAAUACUGUACGGACCCGAAUGUAAAACGACCCACACUUUUAUAUGCGUGAGUGUGAGUGACAGGAAGAAAAGCUCCGAUUUAUAUUCCGGUCAGCACAGUAACUGAUGAAGACGAGCUUAUUGGUGUGGGUUGGUGACAAAAGCAGCAGCUGUGAUGAUCGCCGACAGGAAGGACUGAAAGGUCGUUGGUGUUUUGGUGCACGGACACAAUCCUAACAAGCUGGUGCGACAAAUGUAAAUGUGAUUUUUGUAUUAUUAUUAAUGCUGUAAGUAAUUGUAUUAUUUAAAGUAAUUUAUAGAUGAUGAUGAGCAUGAGCUGUUGAAAGUAGCACAAAUGAUUGUUCCCCUAAAGGUUUUGGUUUUUUUUUCAAUCCGCAUUGUCUGCAGUGAGACGUUCAUUGGAGGGCUGGACUGUGUCCUCCGCAGUAUUCAAUUGGAAUCAAACAAAAAAGAGCACAAUUAGCUUUUCAAUGUACAGCCAACAUUUGUUUGUCCUCUCCUCGCCAACGCACUUUACAGUCUUUAAAGUGUAAACUACAUUAAAUAUUAUUU